AUGUCCAAGCUCUACGUCGGCAAUCUGCCGGCCGAGUGCAACGAGCCGGCCCUCCGACAGCUGUUUCAGGAUCACGGCCUCGCUUGCACGACGAUCCUGGUGAAGCGCGGAGGAUACGCCUUCGUCGAUUGCUGCGACCAGUCGACCGCCGAUCGGGCCAUCGACAAGCUCAAUGGCUAUUCAUUUUUAGGAUCGGCACUAGUCGUCGAACCAUCAGUGGCCAGCAGCACGAAAAAACGGUAA